AGCUCUUUUGCCCACCGGGGGGAACUUCGACAUGCAAAGAGGAUCGUGGUCAAGCUUGGCAGUGCGGUGGUGACCCGUGGGGAUGAAUGUGGGCUCGCUCUGGGCAGGCUGGCCUCCAUAGUUGAGCAGGUGGCCGUGCUGCAGAGCCAGGGCAGGGAGAUGAUGAUUGUCACCAGUGGAGCCGUGGCCUUUGGCAAGCAAAGAUUAAGACAUGAGAUCCUGCUGUCUCAGAGCGUCCGCCAGGCCCUGCACUCAGGACAUAAUCAGCUCAAAGACAUGAGUCUGCCAGUGCUGGAGGCCCGCGCGUGUGCUGCAGCGGGCCAGAGUGGCCUGAUGGCUCUGUAUGAAGCCAUGUUCACUCAGUACAGCACCUGCACUGCACAGGUUCUUGUUACCAACCUGGAUUUCCAUGAUGACCAAAAGAGGCAGAAUCUGAACAGUACUCUGCAGGAGCUGCUCCAAAUGAACAUCGUCCCUAUCAUCAACACCAACGAUGCUGUGGUGCCGCCACCAGAGCCCAACAGCGACCUGCAGGGGGUAAAUGUGAUCAGCAUUAAGGACAAUGAUAGUCUGGCAGCGAGGUUGGCAGUGGAGAUGAAGGCUGAACUGCUGAUCGCACUGUCAGACGUGGAAGGACUGUACAACAGCCCUCCUGGAACUGAUGACGCCAAACUCAUUGACAUCUUCUAUCCGAGAGAUCAGCAGUCCAUCACUUAUGGGACCAAGUCCAGAGUGGGGAUUGGUGGCAUGGAGGCCAAGGUGAAAGCUGCCAUCUGGGCACUGCAAGGCGGCACCUCAGUGGUCAUUGCAAACGGGACUCAUCCCAAAGUUACUGGUCACGUGAUUACUGACAUUGUUGAUGGGAAGAAAGUGGGAACAUUCUUCUCCAUGAUCAAACCAGACGGCCCAACUGUGGAGCAGCAAGCUGAAAUGGCCCGAAAGGCAGGGUGGCGCCUCGCAUCUCUAGAUCCAGACCAGAGAAGUGAGAUCAUUUUCCGUAUUGCUGAUCUACUGACUGAGAGGAGGGAGGAGAUUCUGGCCGCCAACAAGAUGGACAUGGAGCUAGCUGUUGGUCAGCUGCCUGCUCCCAUGCUGAAGCGCCUGAGUCUCUCGCCGGCCAAACUCAACAGCUUGGCCACUGGUGUGCGACAGAUUGCCGUUGCUGCUCAGGACAGCGUGGGCCGUGUGCUGCGGAGAACUAGGGUGGCGCACAACCUGGAGCUGGAGCAGAUCACUGUGCCCAUCGGGGUUCUGCUGGUCAUCUUUGAGGCACGGCCCGACUGCCUACCACAGGUGUCUGCUUUGGCCAUCGCCAGUGGCAACGCUGUUUUGCUAAAGGGAGGGAAGGAGGCAGGCAACACCAACCAAGUGCUGCAGCAGCUCACACAUGAGGCUCUGGAUAUGUUUCAAGUCAAAGACGCGGUGCAGCUGGUGAGCACACGCGAGGAGGUGGAGGACCUUUGCCGACUGGACAAGAUGAUUGAUCUGAUCAUCCCCAGAGGGUCAUCCAAACUGGUGCGAGACAUCCAGCGUGCUGCAAAAGGAAUUCCUGUUUUGGGACACAGUGAGGGAAUCUGCCACGUCUAUGUUGAUGCUGAAGCAAGCAUAGACAAAGUAGUCAAGAUUGUCAGGGACUCCAAGUGUGACUACCCAGCUGCAUGUAACGCCAUGGAAACACUGCUGAUUCACCGCAACGUCCUGAGGACGCCGCUGUUUGACCAGAUCAUUGACAUGUUGCGCAAUGAACGAGUGAAGAUCCAUGCCGGUCCUCGUUUCACCUCCUACAUGACAUUCAGCCCGUCAGAGGCCCGCUCACUUCGGACAGAAUAUGGGGGUCUGGAGUGCUGCAUGGAGGUGGUGGACAGCACGGAGGAGGCUAUAGAGCACAUACGCAAAUAUGGCAGCGCUCACACUGACGUCAUCAUCACAGAGAACGAGGUCACAGCGGAGCAGUUCCUGACCCAUCUGGACAGUGCUUGUGUAUUCUGGAACGCGAGCUCGAGGUUUGCUGAUGGUUACCGCUUUGGCUUGGGAGCUGAGGUGGGUAUCAGCACGGCCCGUAUCCAUGCACGGGGUCCAGUGGGGCUGGAGGGGCUGCUCACCACCAAGUGGAUUCUGAGGGGGAACGGACACGCGGUGGCUGACUUCUCUGAGAAUGGGACCAUGAAGUAUCUCCAUGAAAAUAUGCCUGUCGUGCAGCCUGUGGCCAGUCAGAGGGACAGCAACUAGAUGGGAGACACUGCUGUGUUCACCUGGCCACAAGACUGGGAAGGUGUUUUCAGGAGCUGCAGGUCUCAGUGGACCAUCAUGUGGGUGUCAACGUUUCUAAGAUCUGACAUUGCGUAUGCAGACGAGCAGACUGAUGUCCCUCUUUGGUGGGAAUUUGUUUCCAAGACUGACUUCACUUGAAUAGCUGUUUGUCCAACUAUGUGUGCAACCGACUGUGGAUAUAAUUAUGUGCCAGAUAUUUGUUUCAAGAAAUGAUUUUCGCAUCAAAAUCCAGACGAUCUUCUUUUGAAUUGUAUCCUACUUGUGUUACUGUUUUAAGUUACUGUACUAAGUUUUCCAGGCAAACCAGUCGCUGCAGAACUCAGUGGCGACAGAGGAGAAAUUCUCAAGAGUAAAAGUGAUGGCAACAGCGAAGAUGGUGACAUCCAGUUCUUUGUGAAUAAAACAAUUGAAAAGAAUGUGGGACACUAAUCCGAUGGCAGGCCAAAAACAACUUUCAUUUUGCAAGAUGAACUAAAUAAAUUCAAGGGGCUGUGAUCAGC